AUCUGGCUUGUCCCUCCACCCUUGACGGGAUUGAUCAGCCGAGGAUGGGCUGUCUGAUUUGAAUCCAUAUCAACGGCUGAUAGCUCUUGCAUACCACACCAUCUUUUUUUUUUUUGUAUCGCUGCCAUUAUAUUCUCCAUUUUAGUACCCCCUUCUAUAUUUCAUCAUGGCUACAGUCUUGCGACGUCCCAGGGCUCCCGCGCCCGCUGGAAAGCUGGAGGAGGAGCCAGCGCCAAGCUCGCCAGCGCAGGCGCCAACGCAAGGGGUCCGGGCGCUGACCUUGAUGGACCUACCAACGGAAAUCCACGUCAUGAUCAGCAAAGAGCUCAUCUACCCCGAUGCUCUCUCCCUGAAGCACACGUCGCGCCACUUCUACGAUAUGGUCUACACCGGUGUCCGCCUCAAGGUUGCAUGGCUGAUGGAGCGUCGACAGCUGCACCUUGAAUGCCCCAACGACACGCGUUGCGACCUCGGGAGUGACUUGAGGUUCUGCCGGGGAAGUGUGGCGUUGCUGAUGCAGCGGCGCCGCGAGCAUAUGGAAUGCGACCGCCGUCCGGGUUUGGGCUGUCUUGUGUACGGCACCCAGACUUGCACGCACCGACGCACGGCCGCCGAGCGUUUCCGCCGCUGGAUGAGAACCCGCCUCACCUUUGAGCUGUGGUGGGUGCUGUUGACGGCAAUUCCGGUGAUAUGCUGUUGGUUGUGCAUCGCCGAGCUGUCAGGUUACCUCUCCGCUGGUGUAGGACUGGAGGUUACAGAGAAGUAGGGAAGUUUCCAAACGCCCGUGCCCCCUUGGGUGGCCAUAGCGUGGAGUUCUCGCACCAGAUCAAACCCACAGGUUAUGGAGUCGAGUGCAUGUAAUAGCCAGAAACUAAGCUACAGUAAUGAAUCACCACUGGAAAA